AUGGAUUUGAAAGUAACAUUGGAAAAAACGGUAGAUGGAAAUAGUACCUUGGAUGAAAACGACAUUCCUGAUCAUUCUGCAGUUACAGAAAGUGACGUGUCACAGGCUCGAAAUUACGUAAUGGAAAAAUGUAUUGAGAAUACACAAGACCAACAAAGUAGCAUUAUUAACGAUCGAAAAUUUAUUGUUUUUGAAUCGGAAUUAGACAAACUUCUUACGAAAUUGAUUUGCCCCACCGAAGACUGUUUUUAUAUUAUUCGAAGUUUAGACAAAGUGAUUGUUGGAAGCCUUUUAAAAGUCUAUGGAACAUGCCCAGACCACCAUCACCAAAUCAUUUGGCAAAGUCAACCGAAUAUAGCCAAUUUUGCUUCUGGAAAUGUACUGCCGUCGUCGUCGUCCAUAGUCUGCAGUGGUUUUUCUUUUACAAAAGCUAAAGAAAUGCUCGACCUGAAUGAAAAUCUUAUUGGUAUAAUAGAUGAGGUUAAAGAGGAAGAAGAGAUGUAUGUGAUUGGUGAUCAGCAGCUUAAGGAGGAGGUUGGGAUGAUGGACAAAGUUAAAGAGGAGGAAUCUUCUCAAGACAUCAGCACAGAUGGAUCCAGCAAUGGGAACCCACCAAAGAGAGGUCCCCUUCCUCUGUAUCCCCGUGAUUCCACACAAGUCAAUAUUAAAGAAGAGAUAAAAGAGGAGGAUAAUGAGGAGGCAGAGUUUCGAAAAGGACCAAAGAAGCGGUACCAGGACACCAUGGAGGAGUCAUCCAGCUACAGAAACCAACCAGAGAGAUGUUCCCGUCCUCUCAAUGGGAACCCACCAGAGAGAGGUCCCCUUCCUCUGUAUCCCCGGGAUUCCACACAAGUCAAUAUUAAAGAAGACAUAAAAGAGGAGGAGGAUGAUGUAAUGGAGGAGGCAGAGUUUCGAAAAGAUCACACCUAUAAAGAGAACGAUCAGGGUGAAGAACUGAAAGUCAUCAAAGUUGAGGAUAAAGAAGAAGAAGAGAGGUUGGUGAGUGGAGAUCAGCAGUCUAUGGAGGAGGGGGAGAUGAUUAUGGAAAGUAAACAGGAAGAAUCUUCUCUACAUCUGGACACAAGGCCCUUUCACACAUGCGGACCCUUGCCUGGAGAGAAGAGACAGUGCCUGGAGAGAAGAGACAGUGCCUGGAGAGAAGAGACAGUGAAAAUGGCCAGAGAUGUGUCCCAUGAACGGCUCAUCCAACUUGUCCAUGUCAGGCCUGCUUUAUGGGACAAAAGAAGCGCAGAAUACAGUGACCGAAACACCAUUAGUGUAAAGUGGGAAGAAAUUUUUAAGGAGGUCACACCGAACUGGUUGUCGCUCAGCAGUAAACAGCGACGCAUACGUGGUGAUAAAAUCAUAACAAGAUGGCGAUCCCUCAGAGACCGGUAUAGGCGGGAGCUCAAAGAGGAGGCUAAAGAGAGUCGGAGCAGAGCUGGAUCGUCCCAAAAAAAAAAAAGCCCCUUUUUUGAGAUGCUGGAUUUUUUGAGAAGUGUAAUGGACUUAAGAAGUACCACCAGCAAAAUUUCGGAAACAGAAGAGGAGGGGAAUGCAGAGGAUACCCAGCAAGCACCAGAGGAAGAGAUGGGAUUUGGAGAUAACCAGCCAGGUCCAGAAGAAAACCCGUCUUCCCACCAGCCAGGUCCAGAAGAAAACCUGUCUUCCCAAUCGGCAGCAACAGCCACGCUUCAAAGACAACGUGUGCCUAUUCGUUCUGUUGGAGCUACCGCAUCGAAAGGCAGUAAACGACGUGGAAAAAAAAAAACAUGACAUGGAUGGAACCAUGUUGACGUUCAUGGAGGAGAUGAGGGGAAUGCGAAGGGCUGAUACCAACGACCCAUUUUCUGACCCCAAUAACGAGGAUGCUACUUUUUUGAGAAGUUUGUACCACCAUCUUCAAAAAGUCCCCACUCCUCGGAAAAUGGAUGUCCAACUGGCAAUCUUCAAUUUCACUGCUGUGUGUAUAAGAGCUGCAAUGUCCGGUGAUCCCAUGCCAACAGUCAUUAACCCUCUCCAACGCCCAUACCAUAGUGAGCAAGCUCCACCACCUACUUUUCAUCAUCCAUACCACCCUGGGCAUUAUCCCCCAUCACCACCGUGCACCAGCCACCACUGCCCAAAAUGUUGUACCCCCACCCCAUGUGGCACCCACCUAUGAGUCCUCCAGUUCCCAGGCCACUUCAUAUGGCAAUUCCUCCCAGUCAUCCAAUCCCUAUUCCACUUCCCCCAGUCCUUAUUAUCAGGACCUUUUAAGGAAUCCCCAUUUUAAGUUGCCCCGUUUGAGUUGGCCACCAAGUUUGCACACAUCUCAAGAGUGAUUUAGUCACCUCCAUGUAUGAAGGGACUAGGUUAAGGCGGGGGGACGUUGCUUGUGUAACCCAGCUUAGAGCUCUGGAAACCCUUUUUCCAGCUUCCUCUGCCUCUUGUAUGUGCAAGGCAACCUGUGUCCUAGGGGCGCAGGGUAACAGAGAACCCCCGUAGGAGUCCUCUGUGGUUCUUGGUCACCCUGUGCCCCUAAUAGACACAAAGGGUAACUUGCACAUGAAGAGGGGCCGUGGUAGCUGGAAAAAAGGGUUUUCAGUGCUCUCUAAGGUAAGCUGGGUUACACAAGCCUGGAAUCCUGCUCAUGUUCUACAAUUCCCAUCUCUACUCUGGCUCUUGAUCUGUAUCCUCUGACCAUGUUUUGUGUAUUUUAUGUUAUAUUUGUUUGUGCAGUUUAAUAUAUUUUGUGAUAUAUGUUGCGGCCACUUAUUGCCUAUGACAUUAAUAAAGAUAAUUGACUGCA